AUGGCUCGUCAAUUCUUCGUCGGAGGAAACUUCAAAAUGAACGGUACCAAGGAGUCCGUUGCUCAAAUCAUUGCCAACUUGAACUCUGAGGAAUUACCAUCCCAAGUUGAAGUUGUCAUUGCUCCACCAGCCCCAUACUUGGGUCUUGCUGUUGCCGAAAACAAGCAAAAGACCGUUGCCAUCUCUGCCCAAAACGUCUUUGACAAGGCUUCUGGUGCUUACACUGGUGAAAUCUCCCCAGCUCAAGUCAAGGACUUGGGUGCCACCUGGACUUUGACUGGUCACUCUGAAAGAAGAACCAUCAUCAAGGAAUCUGACGAAUUCGUCGCUGACAAGACCAAGUUUGCUUUGGAACAAGGUCUUUCCGUUAUCUUGUGUAUCGGUGAAACUCUUGAAGAAAGAAAGGCCAACGUCACUUUGGAUGUUUGUGCCAGACAAUUGGACGCUGCCUCCAAGAUCAUCAAGGACUGGACUAACAUUGUUGUUGCUUACGAACCAGUCUGGGCCAUUGGUACCGGUUUAGCCGCUACCCCAGAAGAUGCUCAAGAAACCCACAAGGGUAUCAGAGCUCACUUGGCCAAGACCAUUGGUGAAGAACAAGCUGCUGCUGUCAGAAUCUUAUACGGUGGUUCUGUCAACGGUAAGAACGCCAAGGAAUUCAAGGACAAGGCUGACGUUGACGGGUUCUUGGUCGGUGGUGCUUCUUUGAAGCCAGAAUUUGUUGACAUUAUUAAGUCUAGAUUGUAA